AUGGCAUUGGCAAAUUCCAGGCCUUUGCAAAUACCAACCCUAGAGAAUGAAAUUCUCCAUAACUCAAAUUCUCCAGUAUUUCAAGUGAAUUCAAUGGGGUUUACGACAAGGGCUGACACUAUUUCUAAUCCAGGAACUGAUCUUAUUGGUAAUCAGCCGGGAAUUUCCCUUGAUGAUAGUAGCUUAUCCGGUUCUUCGUUUUCAUCGCAGGAAACCAAGGCCUCCAAGUCUAGAAAGGACUCUGGUGUUCCUAAAAAAGACAAUCCUCUAUUAGAAAUAUCUAAAUUAAUUCCUGUUACCGGUGAAAGACCCAAACCCGAAAAUAGAGAUUCACCUCUGGAUGAUGAUGUCCUUCAUGCGGUUUUUAUAAUAUUAUGGGAAAUGGACCCAACUCAACAAGGUAUGACUGUUAAACAACUGUGCGAUUUGCUUCUGCAAAAGCAUCCGGAUAUGUCCAAUUUAUCAACCAAGUUGUCAAAUUUGAUAUCAGCAAAACUGAACGCCUAUGUCAAGAAGAUUGAGAAGGGUGAAAAGACAUUAAUCUAUGCUUUAUCAAGAGAAUGGUCGAAUUCAUCACCUAGAAGGAUGCUUUAUAUAUACAGAGGUGUACUAUCUCCUGAUUAUAAAGAACAUGCUCAAGCUGUCACAAUGCAACUUAAACAACAAUUAGAAAUAUCUGGUGAUCCAAGCGACUCCAAUUCAAAUAACAAGAGAAAAAGAGAAUCCAGCAGUAACCAACUAACUAACAGUGAAUCUUUCACAAAUUCGAUGACUGACAUGAAAAGCCUGUCUUCUAACAGUUCUUUUUCAAAGAAUUUGAAUGUAGGAAAUUUGGCAUUUUCUUUGAGUCCAGAAUUCAACAUACCUUACUCUACCUCCCCGGUGUCACUAAAUCUUUCUCCAUCAAUGAGCAAUAACCAACAGCAAUUACUGUCAUCUAGCGCAGCACCGAAGGGUAAGAAAAAUAAUAAGAAAAGAAAUUACACAGAUGAUGAUGAUAUUGACUCAGUGACGGACUCAAAAAAGACUAAAACCGCAAAACCUGGAAAGCAAAGCAAAUCUUUAUCCACUCCCAAAAAGGUGCCUUCUUCUACAUCGCUAUCUGCGUUUGACGGUUCCAAGAAUAUUUCGCCAGAUUCUUCUCUCUCUCAUGGUACAUCUUCAAGUACUUAUGUUACUGCAGCUGCUGCCGCGCCAAGACUUUCCAAACUUCUGCCAAAAAAUGGAUUCAAGAAAAAUUCACGUAGUUCCUCCGAACUGGCAGCUAUUCAUAAAGUAAUCUCCACACAGACUCCAAUUGAAAGUUCUUCAGAGAGCUCUGUGUACAAUAACAGCAACAGUAGCAAUAGCAGCAGCAGCAGUGGUUCGCCGGUGAGCAGUUCCGCUGCUGCUUCUUCCGCCGAAUCGUUGUCCGACCUCAAUUCAAGUCAGGAUAAUGGAAAAGAAUCAAACCCAGGUUCCCAAGAACCACGAAAUGAAGUUACGAAUUGGAUGAAAAUUGUGAGAAAUGGAUUUUUGACCCAUGAUAUUGAAGCUCCAGAAUCAAUAUCAUUAGAUGACCUAGAUAAUAUAUUCAAUUGA